UCGAAUUUGGUUUGGUUUGGUCAUCGUAUUGUUGUUUUUGUUUUGAUUAAGAUUUUAAUUAAGAGUUAACGAGAUGCCUAAGCGAAGGAGAUUAUUUACGCCUAUGAAGAACAGAACGUCAAAACCUCAGCACAACAGAGAUAGCAGCGAUGCAAGAGAACCGCACCAUAUUGCAGAAGUGGCCACGGCCCGAGGAAGGCUCAAGGGAGCCCUGAUGGAUGUACUGGACCCGGCAGGCGAUGAGUCUGAUGCAUCCUCUGACUAUGUUCCUGAUAAGAGAGACAGUCAAAGUCAAGAAACAGAAAAAUCUGAGGAUGAAGAAAGGCCUUACCGUAGGAAGUGGUCGCCCCAUCGGCAGUCUUAUGUCCUCAAGCUUUUUGACAGAAGUGUGGACCUAUCUCAGUUCACAGAGGAGUCCCCGCUAUACCCCAUAUGCAGGGCUUGGAUAGCCAACCAGCCAAGGGCUAAUUAUAGCGAAUUUGGAAAAUCUGAACCAGUGUUGGACUUGCAGUCAGAAACACUUGAGCUGCCAGGACCAGAAGGUGCACAUGUGUCCAAAAUACCGCCUCUACUGCCAGAACAACUGAAGGCCAACAAAAAUAAUAUUAACUUGAACUAUCGUGAAGCCCCGCCGCCAUCUCGCGAGCAGCUCCUAGCGUCACACUCGGUGCGGUGGACGGCAGUGCGGCAGGCGUGGCUGGAGCAAGCCGCUAAGGUCGAGGCGCGGUACGAGACCACGCAGCAGAUACUCAACAAAAUCAAUGUCAACGCCCUUUGAUAGCUGCCAUUGAUUCAGACAAACAUGUCAUACCUCAAUCAACUAAAUUUUGAUUAAUUUACAUAGAUUUGUAUAUUUUUUUGAUUAUAGAAUCCAAUCAUGCUGAUUUAACGAAUAGAGAAAUAACAAUCAAACCAUUAGUGUUUUUAUAAUGUUUUAUUGUGUAAAUAUAAGAUUAUAGUGAUUAUCAAUUA